AUGAUAUUCAAUAAUCACUUCAUCAUUCUUGUUACCCUCGCACUUCCUUUCAUCAGUUCUAGUCCUACCAAAUAUCGUGACGCUUCCGCCAUCCUCGAAGACUUCCAACAGCUCGAUGUACACAUAGCCUCUCUCAACAGCGCUGUCAAGGAAUACGAGCCCGAACUCCAAGAUAAGCUGCAGAUUGAGCGUCUCCAUGUUAACGUGGAAUUGGACAUGAUUCAAGCUACGAAGGAUGUUCAUGCCGCAAAGACUUUUGGCGAAAAGGAUAGUGAAGCAGUGACAAGUGCGACUACGCAGAUGCAACCUCUCUUCAAGACUUACCUCCAAGAUAUAGGUGAUAAACGGCCUGAAUUUCAGGAGGAAGGCCAUGCUGAUCGCAUAUAUAAACAUAUCAAGGAGUUCCGAGAUAGGUAUCAUACACUUGUGAAGGAGUUGCAGCAGAAGGUCACUGUCGAUGAUGGAAAGGAACUUGAGGGCUGCAUCCAGGAGAUUGACCAGAAUUUCAACCGUGCGCUCCAGGUGUAUAGCGAGUUUGAGCCAGAGAACACCGUGUAG